UUCUCAAUAUUUCAAAACUUCUCCAUUUACUUUUUGACAAAUUUCUUUGGCACUCUCAUUCGUUGUAGUUGCCAUUUAUUAACAAACUUCUAAUUAGAUCCUUCUUGAAUCGUCUCUCACUCACUUCGGGACAUUCACCAAAUCUUUUUACAAUUGUACCUCUUGUUUCCUUCGGACCAACGAUUUCUAUUACCGUCAACUUCUUUCAUAUUCUCUGAAUUCCGAAAUCGAAUCAGCCAGACAAUUAAAUUCAAAAUGAAGACUUUCAACACAAUUGCCGUUUUGGCCGCUGCAGGUUCUGCUUUGGCUACUCCAUCUCCAGUUGGCAAUUUGGCAGCAAGAGCUUCAUCUACAUCUCUUCCUGCUGUUUCAACGAAGGGAAAUGGUAUGCUUAUUUAAACUGGUGGAUUCUUUUAACAAUUGCUAACCGGCUAUAGCAUUUUUCAUCGGUGACAACAGAUUUUAUAUCCGUGGAGUCGAUUAUCAACCAGGAGGGUCUUCCAAACUCGUCGACCCUAUUGCCGAUAAAGACACUUGCACGCGUGAUAUUGCAAAGUUCAAGGAGCUUGGAAUUAACACUGUUCGUGUUUACUCCGUUGACAACACUGCCAACCACGAUGAUUGCAUGAACGCUUUGGCUGCCGCAGGAAUUUACUUGGUUCUCGAUGUCAACACACCAUUGUACUCGCUCAACCGUGCUACCCCGGCACCUUCUUACAACGCCGUUUACCUUCAAAACAUCUUUGCUACCAUUGAUGCCUUUGCAAAUUACACAAACACCUUGGCAUUCUUUUCCGGAAACGAAGUUAUCAAUGAUGAUUCCACAACCAGUGCUGCCCCAUACGUUAAGGCAGUUACUCGUGAUAUGAGACAAUAUAUUGGAAGCCGUGGAUAUCGUUCAAUCCCAGUCGGAUAUUCCGCAGCUGAUGUUGACUCCAACCGUUUGGAGAUGGCUCAAUACAUGAACUGCGGUACCGAUGACGAACGCAGUGAUUUCUUCGCUUUCAACGAUUACUCUUGGUGUGAUCCAUCUUCAUUCACUAUUUCCGGAUGGGAUCAAAAGGUUAAGAAUUUCACCGAUUACGGAAUUCCUAUCUUGUAAGUUCUUUUUCGCCCCGGUAUAAAAUACCUCAACUAAUGCCUUGUAGCCUUUCCGAAUAUGGUUGCAACAUCAACACCCGUAAAUUCGAAGAAGUCAAGUCUCUUUACAGUACUGAUAUGACUGCGGUUUACUCUGGUGGUCUCGUCUAUGAGUACUCUGAGGAAGGAUCCAAGUACGGCCUCGUAACCAUCAAUGGCGAUUCUGUCACUGAAGGACCUGAUUUCACCGCUCUCAAGGCCGCUUUCGAAGGAACCACCAACCCAUCUGGAGAUGGUGGAUAUAGCUCUACCAACAAAGCCUCUGAUUGCCCAGCUCAAUCUUCUACCUGGAACGUUACCAGCAAUGCUCUCCCAGCUAUCCCAUCUGGUGCUGCAGCUCUCAUGAAGAGUGGUGCUGGCGCCGGUGCAGGAUUGACCGGUAAAGGAUCCCAAAACGCUGGAGGAGCUUCUACUGGAACUGCCUCUGCUGGAUCUGGAUCAGUUACCGCUGUUGCGACUGGCACGAGCAGUGCUACCAGUACUACCAAAGCCAGUGCUGGAAACGCAUUGGCCCCAAUGGAUAAGUCACCAAUGGUUAUUGGUGCGUUGAUCGCUAGUUUGACUUUUGUUGGUGCAGCACUUUUGUAGAUUUAAGUGAAUGGAUUGUAUAAUUUAAUGGUUGUGAUGGAUUGAUUGAGAGGAACAUGAAUUGGAUUGUAUGUUUCAUAUCAAGAAUUAAGUCUAGAGAAGUCAACAAAUUGAGAGAUGAUGCAUAUGGACAAUGGUAGUGUAGUGGUAUGAUACCUUUAUUCUUGUUUUGAUGGAUGGACGGAUGGGAUAGGAUGAGAAUAUAAAUCAAAUUUUAAAAGUUAUAUCUUUGUGUUUCUCGUCUUUAUUUAUUUUUCUUU